AUGGGCGAACAGCCAUCUGAUGACGAUAAUGGUCUCCUCCAACGCCUGAAUGCCCUAAAACCUUCUUCCGUUCAGUUGGAGUUUGGAAAGAUCCCACGGGGGGUAAUUGAUGAUGUUGAUACCGAUGAUGAGGACUAUUCUUAUGCUAUUGAUGGUGAUCCAUUGUCUGCACGGUUCAGGGACCUUGGAGGGUCUCCCACCUACCUCAGAUCAUCGCAUUCCGUACCCGAGCAAGAAGGAGACGUAGAAAAUCUUCUAGCAGACUUGCGAGUCAGGGAAAAUUGGAAACUUGAAUAUGAGCUAGAAGCUGAGAAUGAGAUAAACAGUCUGGUCGACCAGGCGAAGAAAUUUGUACUCUCAUCAUCUGCUUCUAAUCUUCAGCCGCAUUCUGACCAUCAACAUCAGCUUCUGAGAGCUGGAGACGAUAGUAUCACUAAACUACUAGAAACACCCUGCCUUCCUCCCAAACAUGACUUAGAGGAAAAGGAAGCCGAUGCCGAAGCUGAGGACUACGUUCGAAAGAUCCUUGAUAAACUACGGACCCCAACUUCGCUGGAUCAUGAUAUCCCCACUCCAGAAAGUCCGACAGACCGUCCGCAUACUAACAACACUCAAGAUCUUACUAAGAAGGAACUCCAGGCUGCUGACGGCUCUCUUGCUCUGCCUUCUGUUCCUACAGCGGACCCCAUAAACCGGAACAAAGAUUCAAAGAAAAAGAACAUCUUUACAACGUCCAGCGAAUCAACUCCUAGUUGGUGCUGCAUAUGUAAUGAUAAUGCCAAUCUAAAAUGCUUGGACUGCCCCGACUUGUUGCUUUUCUGCUCACGGUGCUGGAAGGAGAUGCACCUUGUUGAGGGGUCGGAAGAGGAGAGGCAGCAUCGAGCGGUCGAAUUCGAUAAAAGAACGCCCAUCGGCGCUUGA